AUGGCCAUUAAGUAAUUUUUACACAUAAAAGAAAUUUCGGAACCGAACAGAAAUGGCGGAAGAAGAGGAUUUUAACAAGGAUAAUCCGGAACGGAGAGCAACGCGACUGCAAUAUCGGAACAUAAUCACUGACCUUCAAGUGCACAGGGAUGACCUUGUCAACCCACAGUCCGAGGAGCUCCAAGAAAGACUCAGGGAGGUGGAUGAGAACUUCAAGAGAGUUGAGAGAGCACGGGAGGCAGCCCUGGACUCCCAGGCCAUGCAUCUCAUUGCCAACAUUGGGCGCAUGAAGGCACAGGCCCUGCAUACAGAGUUUGUCAGGUUCCAGCCUACAGAAUUUGCACAGAAACUGAUUGCGUUUGUGGGAGGCACAUCAGCGGGGCAGGGUGUAGAAGCUAGGAUAUCUGCCCAGGGCUGGGCAAGUCUCGGGCGGGCCACUCAACCAUUCUUUAGACGUUCACCUCCCUUUCAAUUCGUGUUGGGAUCUUUUGAGCGUGGACCAAAGCCAGUAAAAGAGAGACAACAGCGAGCACCCAGGGAGAAGGAAAGUCUCGCUACCAAGGAAACAGUGCCAAACCAGUUAAAAACUUUUGAGGGUAUGGAUGAGGGUGAGGCAACUACGGAGGAGGUGGAACGGGUACACAAAAUUCUCCGGGCUCACUACAGGAAACACAGACGAAUCUCAUAUUUUGAGUUUGUGCUCAACCCAGAUUCCUUCGGACACACGGUGGAGAACAUCUUUCACUUGUCUUUUCUUAUUAAGGAUGGCUGGGCGGAGAUGUAUCUAGAUGAGGAGCUUCAGAUUCCCAUGAUAAGGCCAAUGGACAGUGAGCGCAAAAAGCAAGCAAGUCGUGACGGUAAAGACCAGCGGAGAAUACAGGCCAUCAUUUCCAUAACCCCCGGGGAAUGGGAGGAGCUAGUGCAAGCUUUCAAAGUGACGCGCGCCCAGAUUCCACCGAGGGAGAACGUGCGGAAUGGACACGGCUGAAUGCACGGGGUACCAUGGCAACCAGAUGUGCCUAGAAAAUCACCAUAGUAACCGAGAUACAAGCAACAUGUUGGGCCUUCCUCACAUUUAGUGAUGGUCACCAGUACUUUGAUCAAAUUUAAUUGGCAGCAGAAUGGUCAUUGAAGAAAGAUUUUGAUCUUGAUGGAAGUAAAAUUUUCACUGUAAAUAAUUGUUAAUUCUUGCAUGUUUUCAAUUUCUAUUAAUUUGAUCAUAAUGAAUAAAUGUACUCAGAGGUGCAAGGAAAUUAGAAAUCUACAAGGUUCAUCUGAGAAUGUUUCUGAUGCAUGGCUGCUUUCUAUGUGGACUGUGACAAAGAGCAAUGGGUCUCAUUGUGCCAGUUUUUAGCAUGAUAUCAGAUAUGUUUUACACUAUACCAUGGUACUGAAAUGUUAAUUACUAUAGAUUAAAAGAAAAGUACCCAUGAUCUUUAAAACUACACAUUAAACCACGGAAUCUCAGUUCUAUUUUUAGUAACAAGACACCAUGAUGUCAUAUUGUUUGCUGUUGUCAUAGAUACUGUCAGACUCAUUUCUGUUUUUGGCAGUUAUGUGGGCCAAUAAAGAUCUUAGUUGAUUUUAGUCGUAUAGUGUUAUAGUUUUAUAAUUGUGCUAAAUAUUUGAGUGACUGGAACUUUAGCCACUAUUUUAAAUGAACACAAAGAUGAGGAAACAAAAAUAAUAAAUAUGUUACCAUUUGUGACAUAUACCAGUAUAGAGAUUUAAGAUUGUUGAAGUCACAAAUAAAAUCCUUCAUUGAAAUGGCCCUCAAAAUGAUAUGCAGUAGCAAUUACUUUCCAUUCAGAGUAUGUGACUAUGUUUUGUUAUUCCACAAUCUAUGGUUGACAACAUUGAAAGUUAUGUUGAUCAGAGUUGUUAUCUAGUCUUGUUUUCUUAUUGAGAUAUUUUGUAUUUUAUUUGUUUAUUUGCAAUAAAAUAUGUAUUUUUA